GAUCGCACAGUCUAUCCUCCUCGACCUCGACCUCCUCCCUCUCGCCCGCCUGUUCUCGUUUCUAUCUUCUCUUGUCCGACUUACAAUGUCCUGGCAAGCCUAUGUCGACACCAACCUCAUCGGCACUGGCAAGGUGUCCAAGGCCGCAAUUAUUGGUCUUCAAGGAGGUGUCUGGGCGUCGUCUCCGGGAUAUACGCUCUCUGCGCAAGAACAGAAAGACAUCGUGACCGCGUUCAACAACCCCGGGGCUGCGCAAGCAAGUGGUAUCCGUCUGGCAGGGCAGAAGUUCUUCACCCUCCAGGCAAACGAGCGUAGUAUAUAUGGGAAGAAGGCGGCGGAUGGCGCCGUACUUGUGAAGACCAAGCAGGCUGUCCUUGUUGCGGAGUACAGUGCGCCGACCCAGGCACCGGAGGCCACGCCGGUUGUCGAGAAUCUCGCAGACUACCUCAUCAGUGUUGGUUACUAGUCGAUCUCCUGUGCCUAUUCUCUUUCGCAAGCUGUAAUCUUUCGCUGUCGUGGAUGAAGAAGACUAUCAAUGUGUAUUUGCAUACUGAAAUCUGAUCUAAAGGUAGCGAUGACUAGGAUGGUCUCGAGAAAUCAAGAGUAUGACGCACCGUCUUA